CCCACAAAGAGGCUGGACAAAUAAAAGGCUUUACUAAUUGUGAUUGUGCUACUUUUAAGAAUGUGAUCACAACGUGUUCGAUAUAAUACCUGAGAGAAUUUCCACAGGUUACUUGGAUGUGAGUUGGAUUUUUCGAGGGUUAGGAUGAUGAUUUUGGAUGUAUGCAAUGAGAUUCUAAAGAUCCAGAAGCUACGACGGGUCGUCUCUUACGCUGGGUUCUACAGCUUCACUGCCGCCCUUACAUUCUUCUAUACAAACAACACGACAAGAGCUGGAUUCUCAAGGGGCGAUCAGUUCUAUGCAUCGUACCCUGCCGGUACCGAACUUCUGACCGACACAGCUAAGCUGUACAAAGCGGCGCUUGGGAACUGCUAUGAAUCUGAGGAUUGGGGUCCUGUUGAGUUCCGUAUAAUGGCUAAGCAUUUUGAACGCCAGGGAAAGUCUCCAUACGUUUACCACUCUCAAUACAUGGCUCACCUUCUUUCUCAAGGCCAGCUCGAUGGAAGUGGCUAGAGGGAGGCGUUGAUGGAUUAUAAAACAACUCCGGUUUUCUGCUGUGUACCUAAUCUUGUUACUGCAAAGUCCAACUCUUUCCUCUUUGAGUCUCCCACCAAGAAAGAUAAGAAUAUGUCUUGGUGUAUUGAGCAUGGCAUAUACGCGCACCAAUGUAAUAAACACACUGUAAGAUCAGACCUUGAUUUGUUGUACAAGGCAAAAGCAGGCAGACAUUUUGAUUGACUAAGAGUAUACAAUCCCCGACUGAUUUUAUA